GGAAUAAAUGAAGACGCAAAGCCGGAGGCCGCUCAACCACCUGCGCCGCAGUGUGGCGGGCGCCUUAAGGUGGCUGGUGAUCACUUCCGGUCUGUAGCGCCGCGCGUCUUUCUUGUCUGUCUGUCUCGGGGUCAGGCGGAAGGUAACUUCCCCUUCCUGGAAAGGGACCGGCCUCGUGUUUCCACUUCGUUUCCACGUAGCCACGCCCCUUUCAGGUUGACCGCGCCGCUUGAUUAGAUCACUCACCGUCAACGCGGAAAGUAUCGCGAGGUCUCCACUUGCGCUCCCUUCGGACAUGGUCAGCCGUGAGAGUUGCUCCUGUUCUCGCGAGAUCUUCGUGUGCGCCGGGCUCGGGCGACCCGGGCUUCUGUGAAACAUGGCGGUCGGCUGGGACCGUACCACUGGCAUGACUAUAUGAAGGAGAAGGAAGGUUUUUCUGAAGAUGAGGCGACUGAAUCGGAGAAAAACCUUAAGUUUGGUGAAAGAGUUAGAUGCCUUUCCCAAGGUUCCUGACAGCUAUGUGGAGACGUCAGCCAGUGGGGGAACAGUUUCUCUAAUAGCAUUUACCACUAUGGCUUUAUUAACAAUAAUGGAAUUCUCAGUGUAUCAAGAUACAUGGAUGAAGUAUGAAUAUGAAGUAGACAAGGAUUUUUCUAGCAAGUUGCGAAUCAACAUAGACAUUACUGUUGCCAUGAAGUGUCACUAUGUUGGAGCAGAUGUACUGGAUUUAGCAGAGACCAUGGUUGCUUCUGCAGAUGGUCUGGCUUAUGAACCAGCACUGUUUGACCUUUCACCCCAGCAGAGAGAGUGGCAGAGGAUGCUGCAGCUGAUUCAGAGUAGGCUGCAAGAAGAGCAUUCCCUUCAAGACGUGAUAUUCAAGAGUGCUUUUAAAAGUGCAUCAACUGCACUGCCACCAAGGGAAGAUGAUUCAUCACUGACUCCAGAUGCGUGCAGAAUCCAUGGUCAUCUCUAUGUCAAUAAAGUAGCAGGGAAUUUUCACAUAACUGUGGGCAAGGCAAUCCCACAUCCUCGAGGGCAUGCACAUUUGGCAGCACUUGUCAACCAUGAUUCUUACAACUUUUCUCACAGAAUAGAUCAUUUGUCUUUUGGAGAGCUUGUUCCGGGAAUUAUUAAUCCUUUGGAUGGAACUGAAAAGAUUGCUGUAGAUCACAACCAGAUGUUCCAAUAUUUCAUUACAGUUGUGCCAACAAAGCUACACACAUACAAGAUUUCAGCAGAUACCCAUCAGUUCUCUGUGACAGAAAGGGAACGCAUCAUCAACCAUGCUGCAGGCAGCCACGGCGUCUCUGGAAUAUUUAUGAAAUAUGAUCUCAGUUCUCUCAUGGUGACAGUCACUGAGGAACACAUGCCUUUCUGGCAGUUUUUUGUAAGACUCUGUGGUAUUAUUGGAGGAAUCUUUUCAACAACAGGCAUGUUACAUGGAAUUGGAAAAUUUAUAGUGGAAAUAAUUUGCUGCCGUUUCAGACUUGGAUCCUACAAGCCUGUCCAUUCUGUCCCCUGUGUGGAUGGCCACACAGACAACCACUUACCUCUUUUAGAGAACAACACACAUUAGUACCUUGUGGGUGGAGAAAAACUUUUUGCCUGAGACAUAAAGCCUUUUCUAAUAAUAACAUGUUGUGCAAUAUAUUCAAAGAAAAAGAAAAUAUGAGAACCUGGAAACAAUAUUUAAAAAAGAAAAAACAGCCAAGGAAAACAACCAACGGCAGUUGUCUUGUAUGUGUUGUGUCUGUUACAAAUGUUGUAGAAGAAAUUAUGCAGCUAACUGGAGAGUCGGCUCAGCCAACAGUGCCAGGUGAGGACAGCACCCCUGACGCUCUCCCAGCAGACAGACAGUAUGGAAAGCAGCGCCUAGAGGAUGGACGUCACCUGUGUUCAAAGAAAAGGGCAUUGAUACAUGCGAAUGUGUGCGUCCUUUGUUUUUAAAGAUGUCAGAAUAAAAUGUGUAAAACAUAUGGAAAA